AUGGACUCUACAGCACCCCCAGUCGAGGACGAGGACGAGUGGGAGUACGAGUACUCGACCACGGAAACAGAAACAUACUAUAUUACCCUAGACCUCUCGGUCCGCGACUUUCUCGAGAAACACCCAGAUGAUAUUGUCAAUGCUACCCGCAAUGGUUACCGAGUGUGGUACAACCCGCUGUUCAAUACAUCCGAACCCCGUCCGAUGAACCCAGACCUUAUAGCCGAACUACAAGGUCCCGAUGACGAAGACGAGCCGGGAAAAGACAUGCCAAACCUCGACAACUCUGUCGCCGAGAACACAGCUGCCCAAAACGUUGCCCCCUCGACUGCCACUCAGAACGCUGACCCCAAGACGGACGAUGUGAUUGACCCAGCACUACGAGGACCAGACGAGAGCCACAACCCGAAACCUGUAGAGACGAGCAAGCAACCAUCCAGCACCGAGAAACCCAAACCACCUUCCAAAACACCCCACCAAAUCGAAACGAUCCAAAUCCUCGACCUUCACUCCAAAGAACCCAUGGUGUCCUACCGCAACCACAUUUUCCAGGGCUCGUGGUGCGAAAACAUUGGAACAGAAAUGAUCUUUACACCCCACGACUCAGACGCCCCUAUGCCCGCUUUGCGCAAGCUUUGCGACGGAAAACUCGACCUCCUAGCCGCUAGCGCGACACGGAUCAAUUUCAAAGAAGUCCGGCUGGAGUCGAAGCAGAUGGCGGAACAAAACAGCAACAACCUCACCAAACAAAUCAGUAGCAUCACGGCUUGGGGCAACGACGAUAUUCCCGAGCGGUACAAGCGCCCAGACGGCGUCUACGUGCACAUUGGCGGAGACAAGACGGGCCAGCGACAACCACAGGCGCACUUUCUGGAGGAUUUGAUCAUGCUGAAGCGCAAGCUGGGCGAAACCGACUCAGUCACCAUCCGUCCGUUAGAGACUAGGCAGAACAAACUGAUGAUGGAGGACGAGGGCGAAGAACGCAGAAGAAAACGACUAAAAAACGGACAUGGGAGGUACGAGCGGUGGAGGCAGGGACUGCUUCGAAAGGACCGGGAAAGCAGGAUGGCGAUGGAAGAGAACGGUUACAUGCCGAGGACGGAGCCUGGACAGACGGGCAAGCACUUGGGGGUGAUGGAGAAGAGGGUGCGGAGGCCGCGGGCUCGGAAAGCGGUCCUCAAGCCGCUCGAGACACAAGAGACGCUUCCGGCUCAUCCCGUUGCGCCGGAUGUCUUGGCUGGAGUCGAGAUGCAGCAGCAGCAGCAGCCCCAGGACAGCUCAACGAGCUUGUAUCCGCCCGUGCCGCAAACCAGCUGGGCGCCGAACCCAUUGGAGUAUGCCACUGGGAACGGGGACGGAAGCAGCGGGGCGGGGGGAGAAGCGUGA